CUGCCGCUGCGGCCGCUCCGCCACCCCUGCAGCCACCAUGUGGAACAUCUUCAAGAAGAACCAGCAGCCUGAGGCGGCUCCGGCCACCACCACAGCCACCAUGCCCGUCGGGCCCGUGGGCAACUCCACCGAGAGUGGGGGUGCCGGGGGGAGCAAGGAAGACAUGUUUACCAAGCUGAAGGAUAAAUUCUUCAAUGAGAUGAGCAGGAUCCCCCUGCCGCCCUGGGCGCUGAUAGCCAUCACCGUGGUGGCCGGCCUCCUGCUCCUCACCUGCUGCUUCUGCAUCUGCAAGAAGUGCUGCUGCCGGAAGAAGAAGAACAAGAAGGAGAAGGGCAAGGGCGCCAAGAACGCCAUGAGCAUGAAGGACAUGAAGGGCGGGCAGGACGAUGACGAUGCAGAGACCGGCCUCACUGAGGGGGAGGGGGAGGGCGAGGAGGAGAAGGAGCCGGAGAACCUGGGGAAGCUGCAGUUCUCCCUGGACUACGACUUCCAGGCCAACCAGCUGACCGUCGGCGUGCUGCAGGCCGCAGAACUGCCCGCCCUGGACAUGGGAGGCACCUCAGACCCUUACGUCAAAGUCUUCCUCCUCCCAGACAAGAAGAAGAAAUACGAGACCAAAGUGCACCGGAAGACGCUGAACCCCGCCUUCAACGAAACCUUCACCUUCAAGGUGCCGUACCAGGAGCUGGGGGGCAAGACCCUGGUGAUGGCCAUCUACGACUUCGACCGCUUCUCCAAGCACGACAUCAUCGGGGAGGUGAAGGUGCCCAUGAACACGGUGGACCUCGGCCAGCCCAUCGAGGAGUGGAGAGACCUGCAGGGCGGCGAGAAGGAGGAGCCGGAGAAGCUGGGCGACAUCUGCACGUCCCUGCGCUACGUGCCCACGGCCGGGAAGCUCACCGUCUGCAUCCUCGAGGCCAAGAACCUGAAGAAGAUGGACGUGGGCGGCCUCUCGGACCCCUACGUGAAGAUCCACUUGAUGCAAAACGGCAAGCGGCUCAAGAAGAAGAAGACGACGGUGAAGAAGAAGACGCUGAACCCCUACUUCAACGAGUCCUUCAGCUUCGAGAUCCCCUUCGAGCAGAUCCAGAAAGUCCAGGUGGUGGUCACGGUGCUGGACUACGACAAGCUGGGCAAGAACGAGGCCAUCGGCAAGAUCUUCGUGGGCAGCAACGCCACGGGCACGGAGCUGCGGCACUGGUCCGACAUGCUGGCCAACCCGCGCCGGCCCAUCGCCCAGUGGCACUCGCUGAAGCCCGAGGAGGAGGUGGACGCUCUUCUGGGCAAGAACAAGUAG